UAGUAUGUGCGAGACAACAUAGAAUUUGGCUGCGACAGGGGAACAGUUUUUUAGCGUUACAGUUCCCGAACGUUCUAAAAUAUGGGAAAAAAAUACUGAGGAAAAACUGCUGACGCACUUAAUUUGCCAUGACCAGUGUAAACAGUGGUAGAAUCUGAUUUUGUUUGUUUAAAAUAAAACCAAAUUAACCGAGAAUAACGACCUUCAUAUUUUCCGUUAUAACAUUAAGUAAUGAGAGACAGACUUUUUCCAACUUACUUUCAGAAUAUGAUUGCCGUGCACCAUUCAAGUACUGAGAUUGUGGUGUAGGGUUGAAUCCAAAACAGCGUUUCAUAACCUGAGAUAUUAUAGGCUUAGUACGUGUUGGGUGUACUAGCACAUUGCUGUUCAAAUCCUCACAAAUUAUUAACCAGCUAUUCUUAUUGGCGUUUAUUACCAUUGACGUGUUACUGGGUUUUGACAACGUGCUCAACCUGCCUUCUUAAUUGCAUAGAUUAACCAAAAACAAUUAAUUGCAAACAAUAACCAAAUUAUCACGCAUUUAACGGCUCCUGCCUAUUAAUUAAUAGGUUUCAAAACAAGUUUUUUUCCUCAGAUCACUUUGCGCUGGUCAUGAACAAGAAAGUGCUAAAUGUAAAUCUUAAUUUCAAUCUUUUAUCUGUCAUAAAACAGAUUUUUCUUUAAUCAUACAAGGAUUUUGUUAUUUAUGGGAAUUUUAUUAAGUUUUUCUUAUCGGUGGAACAUGAUCAAUUAUUUAUCGAAUUACAACAACGAAAGCAUUUUUUACUCUCACCACUGAUAAAGCAGCAAAAUCUAUUAGCACUUUAAUGGUCAGAAAAGCACCAACAGAAAAUAUUCUUCUAAAAAUACUACACAGUCAAAAGGACCAAGCGAGACAAGCCAGACAAUGACUAUUAGGUGAUUUUGCGUGGGCAUUAAAGAAGAAAAAAAAAAGGCUCUGGUUGGUGUCUGCUUGCCGCGCCCGAGUGGAGUCUCAUGUAUAGAAUCAUGUGGAAAACUGCCUUGUGGACGACUUUAUUGAUCUGAUUAAUGGUACAACGUGGUCACAUUACGAUUUAUAACGAGUGGAGGUGCUAAGGGGUGACCAGACAGGGGUAGGAGCUCCAGAUAACGUAUAGUGGAAAAUGAAAGCGGCAUUAUGCAGCUUCUACUCAGUUAAAAAUAAUUUUCCGAAUAAUAACAAAAUAUAUAAAAUUCCCGGGAAGUGAAAACUGGGCUUGCGUUUCGUGGAUAAUUACUUAUGGUAAAUUAUCGCCAUAUUUAUUGAACAAAUCAAGUUUCAACAGGGGAAAAACAAAGGAAAACGUUGCGUGCCAAGAAAACCUCUUUGUUAUUUUGUGGUCAUCCGUCCGACAUUGUUGAUCUCUCGUUCAUUGUCAGGCUGCAGUGUGUAUCUUAGCAAAACUUCGUCGUUCGAAGAAGCGGUAACGAAAGAAACUGCAGUUUUACGACCACAGCUACAACCACAUGCACGACCAUCACCACCACAACAAGAACAAGGAAAACAGAAUACAACAACAACAACAACAACAACAACAACACAAUACCUGUACGUACGUUGACAACAAAAGUGUAGGACACCAUACCACAGGUAUCCCACAAAAAAAUGGGAACCACACCAUUGAUUUGGCCGCGAGGAGACUGAAUCGGGCUAGAAGAACUGGCGCGAAGCUCAAAGCAAGAUGGCGGCUGCUGGUUGAGUCAUGGAGCCUUUCAUUCAGCUGAUUUACAACAAACAGUGCCCUCUGAAAACUUCACAGCUAACAGAAACGUCAUUCAUCGAUAAGAGAAAAGUUACUGAACAAUUCUGGUUAGAUUUACUGGAGAGAAAAUGCCCAGAAGGACUUGGUGAAGUCAGUGAACAUUUAAUGAAAGAUGAUAACCUUACACCGGCAGAUUUCUGUUAUAAACAUGAUGUGUCACUAGACACCUGUACUUUACAGCAAGCUGCAUCCUAUAAUGAUUGCCUUCAAAGCUCCAAGAUAGUGGACAAUGACAAGUUUAAGACUCCAUUGACUUCAAAAUACAAGAACAAUCACAUUUCUGAAACACCAUGUUUAUUCUCACAGGAUGAAUCAAUUACUCACACCCCAUCAUCAAGCUUAGAGUCGCAGCCUACCUGUCAUGGAGACACUUCAUACAAGGCAGCUGAAGCAAGCCCAAGCUCUACUCAGGUUCUUGCCACUCCAGUGGCUCCCUCCAUGUACAGAAGUGGAAGUGACUGGUUCAUAAGAGGAAAAACAACACCAGAUAUUUUAGCAGAAAUCAUGGGCCAAAGAACCUCGACGCUGUCUUGCUUGCUAGCGGGUGGUAGCGACGAUGAUAUUGUAGAAUGGUCGGAAUCGAUGGCAACUCCUCCGUUGAAGAUGAAAGGACCAGCUGGAGAUGAAGGUGAUAGCGAAGAAGAAGAUGCAGGAGACACGAAUGAAAACGCGACAGAAGGAGAAGACCAACCUCCGUCAAGGCGUAUUGCCCGAGUCCUGUUCUCUGGCUCGACCGCCAAUCAUUCCAUGGACCCUGUAGAGCUAUCCAUGGACGAUGCUAAAACAAAUGACCUGCCUUUAGAACCACUGGAGGAAGAGGACGCUGUACGCGACCCAGCACAGACGGCAGAUAAUUCUUGCAUAGCGGAGGAAUUCUUAGUGGAGUAUUCUUAUCAUGAUGAAUCUAGACGUGACGUCAAAAGUCUCUCAGAAACGUUAAAUGAAGACCCUUUGAUUGUUUCACCAUCAGUAGAAAGGCGUUCCCAGUAUAAGGUGUUCUCUCCAUCAUCUCCCAAGUCAAACCUGUUUCAAUCGCCAGGUCCAAACACCUUUCUUUCACCCACCACUAAGACUCCAUUCAAAGCCUUGGCCCAGUCCACUCCUAAACCUGUAUUCAGUGAGAAUCGUGACAUCGUAACCACGCCCAGAAUUACAUCUACCAACUCAAUCGGUUUUAUAACAGGACUAAACGAACUGUGCGUGACAAGACAUGGUGACACGAGCCUUACACGUGAUACAAGUGCGCUUCCUAAUUCGUCAAGCCUGUUGUGUGACAAAGUACAAGCACGAGCGGCGUGUGACAUUACUCGUCACGCCACUGAAGUGGAUUGCAAGCUUGAAGUUUCUGAUGUCACGUUUGGUUCUCCUUCGAGGUCCUUUGAACUGGCUAUGGCGCUUGAGGCAGACAAAUUGGGUUCUGGAGUUGAGAAAGAUUCGCGAACCUCUGGACUAGGUUCGUCGCUUUCCGUCAGUUUGAAUGCCCAGUCAUCGCGCGUUGAUCAGGUGAUACUAAAUACCUCUAGUCAACCAACUGAAGACCUUCAACAAGGCAUUCAAACCCCACCAAACGAAAUCAACCUCUCUGAAGAAGCCAAUAAAAAGACAAGCUCAAACUCUGCCGAGUCCACCACUCGGUCAGCGGAUGAUCACGGCAACCUCGUUAGGAGGAGGUCGUUUUGUAAAGUUCCCGGAUUACGGCGAUCAGUUGGAACGAAACGAUUUUCAUAUCCGACUGCUAGUCAAGUGUCAAAACAAGAUACAGGCAAGCGUAUAAAUAAUAUUACUACAACUGCUGACGUUUCCCGAGUUGUCAAGGAAAGGAAAUCUACCGCUGAAGAAGGAAAAGGGAAUAUUGACCACUGCGCUACGAUUGACACGAGUAGUCCCAAGGGUGGAGAGGGUGAGUUGCCAAUGUCCAAGAGGCUUAAGUCGGACGAGAUGAGAACGUUCUGUGAAAGUAAGAGAGAUGUAAAUACGUUGUUGUCCACAGUGAACCACAUCCCAAAAGACGACGUCCUUUUUGAUAUGGAUGCACUCAGUCAGUUUCCUGUGGAAUGUAUUUGUUCUCCCCCAUCUUUAAACUCUUUGAAUGGUUAUAUCGCAACAUCGACAGUACAGCAGCAAGUCUUGUCUUCGGGGAGUAUCGAAGAUUUGCGGAAAAGAACUGACAACAUUACACAAGAAAUCGAUGCAUCGAUAAAGUGUAAAGCGGAGGACAUGAAGAUACAAAGUGCUGUAGUGCACAGUGAUGAAAAAACCUUGAAAAACAGAAGUCACCAAGGGGAAAGCGACGUGAUUGAAAGCCCAGUUUCCUGUGUUAACUUUCAAAAGGACGCGCCAGCCUUGCGUUCUGAAUGGAAGACGGGAUUUCACACUGCGGGAGGAACGAAAAUUGAGAUAUCGGACAAAGCUCUCAAUUGUGCUCACGCUUUGUUGGAGGAGUUGGAUCUACCCACGGUAAGCUUAACUUCACAGGAGCAAAGGCCAACAGCGGACGAGGUGGUUGAUGAAAAUAUUUUCCGUGAAGGGGCUGACUUAACUAAAGGAGUGAAAACAGAAAUAGCACAACCAGAAUUGGCACAAGAAAAUCUUGAUGGAAUUUCUGCAGCUGUCCAGCCGAUAUUUGGCCCAGUAAUUGAAAGAUAUUCACCCAAAAUAGAAGGGAACGUUAAUGAGGUUAAGGAACAAGGGGCGGCUGACAAAUUUAAUACAAAAGCAGAUGAUACAUCCGGCUUUGACAAACAACGGUCAUCUGUGUUGACGGGAUUUUGUGGUUUUUCUACGGCAAGUGGGAAACAAGUUCACAUAUCUGAAUCAGCAAUGAAACAAGCGAGAAAAACUCUGAGCGAAAUAGACGCUGAGUUGGAUGUUGGCGAUAGUGGCCAGACUGUGGAGGUUACAAGAGAGAAUGAACCAUCGUACAGCAUUAGUAACAAGCAAAGAACCUCAGGAAAUGGGCUGAGAGACGGUGACUCUGAAGGACCACGUUACGGGGCAUCACAACUGAAAGAUAUGCUACAGCCAGACGAGCUAAAUAUGGAUGCAUCUGGGAAAAAUGCUUCGGCAAUAAAAGAGGAAAUUGAGGAGAUGGCUUUACAAAACGCUGAGCAAUCAGUGAAUGAGUUGAAAUGUAAACAGAGUGAAAUCGUAAAUGACUCUUUACUUGAGGAUUUGUUGAAUGACUGUAAACGACAAAGGCGAGAUUCACUGGUCACCAUUUGCGAGGAAAGCGAAGGAAUCGAGGAACAUCAUGAAGGAAUUCUCACAAACACGGAAGAGUUCUCUGACCUGACGCGCGGGCGAUCAGAUCACGAAAGAUCCUCACAAUACCAGGAGAACAUUACGACCGAAUAUUGUAGAAGUACAACUCCAAAUCCAGAAAAGCCUUGUGUAUUGUUUAAGACUGCAAGUGGCAAUCCCGUCCCUGUAUCGGAGGCAGCUCUGAGCAAGGCAAAAACUACUUGGAAUAAAAUCGACCGGGAGUUGGCCCUCGAGGGAGCUUAUAAGGCCCGACACAAGAAUGUGGAAAGUCGUAACAGUUUCCACGCAGUUCCAGCUGGAGAUGUUGACGUUUCACCGCGUUCUUUGCGCAUUGCAAAAGACUCCAGGAGACAGACGGGAGAUAAAAUGAUCGACGAGAGUAACGACGUUUUGAACACUUUGGAAGGUAAAGUGAAUAACAUUGAUCACGAUUUAGUUUCUGAAGACGAGAACAAGUCAUGGACUCAUUCCGCAAGUUCAUGUUGGUUUAAAACCGCAAAUGGUGAAAGUGGAGAGCUUUCUGAAGCUAGUUUUGCCACGUUUUCUGGUUUUCAGACAGCCGGGGGAAAGAAGGUAACUUUAUCCGAGGAAGCCUUGAGACGAGGCAGCGACAUAAUGAGACGACUCACGGCGGAUCCCUCAGAAGGGCUGCAAGAAACUAUUGAUUGCCACUCGGCCAAUGAAAAGCACCACUGUGUUUCCAAAGAUGCCGAGGACUCUUUACCGACAGAAGCGCAGGUAAUGCCAAGCGAGGACAAACCUGGAACAAACACGACCAACCUGAUAAGUUUUUCUGGUUUUCAAACUGCCGCAGGUAAAAGCGUAACCCUUUCCAAAGAAGUGUUAGAAAAAGGGGCGGCCAUGAUGCAAAUGAUUGACAAAUCCCUCGAACAGAACAAGGGCACCAGCAUAUCUAACUCACCCAGCGCAUCUGUUUUUUCUGGUUUCCAAACUGCUGGUGGACAGAACGUCAAACUGUGCAGAGAAUCUUUGGAAAAAGGAGCUGCGAUAAUGCAACAGAUUGACAGAUCUCUUCAGGAAAACAGUGCAGAGCACUCACAUAAUGCAACUAGUUUUUCUGGUUUUCAGACUGCUAGUGGACAGAGCGUAAAAUUGUCGAAAGAAUCAAUGAUAAAAGGAGCUGCCAUAAUGCAACAGAUUGACAGAUCCCUCCAGGAAAACAGUGUAGAGCACCCACGUAGUGCGACUAGUUUUACUGGUUUCCAAACUGCUAGUGGACAGAGCGUGAAACUGUCUAAAGAAUCAAUGAUAAAAGGAGCUGCCAUAAUGCAGCAGAUUGACAGAUCCGUCCAGGAAAACAGUGUAGAGCACCCACGUAGUGCGACUAGUUUUACUGGUUUUCAAACUGCUAGUGGACAGAGCGUGAAAGUGUCGAAAGAAUCAAUGAAAAGAGGAGCUGCCAUAAUGCAGCAGAUUGACAGAUCCCUUCAGGAUAAAUGGGACAACAGUGUGUCUGCAACUAGUUUUACUGGUUUCCAAACAGCUAGUGGACAAAGCGUUGAACUG